AUGUCAGCGCCCAAAGACAAAACAUUUAUUCGCGAGUAUGAGAGAAAUGAUGAAAAGGUGUUGAAAAUUCAUCAAUCUGAGAUAGGCGAUGUUGGAUGUGUUGUGUGGGAUGCUGCCCUGGUACUUUGUAAAUAUCUAGAAAGUGGGGAUUUUGGCUGUGGUGCCAAACUGAAAGGCAAAACUAUUUUAGAGCUAGGAGCUGGAACAGGAGUUGUCGGCCUUGUAGCUGGUGGUCUAGGAGCCCAUGUAACGAUUACAGAUCUACCAGAAUUUUUACCUUUAAUUAAUUUAAAUAUUAAAGAGAACAAUGAAUUAUUUGGUGAUGAUGUGAAGGCAGAGACUUUAAUCUGGGGUCAAACUGAAUAUAAUACAACAGAUAAAAACAUAGAUUAUAUUUUAUUGGCUGACUGUAUCUAUUAUGAAGAGUCUUUAGAGCCAUUAGUUAAUACUAUGGUUAAAUUAUGUCAACAACACACUACCAUUUUAUGUUGCUAUGAGCAACGAGAUACUGGUAACAAACCACAACUGGAAAAAAGAUUUUUUGAGCUUGUGCGUGAAAGUUUAAAAGUUGAAGAAAUAUCUCUAGAUAAUCAAGACCCUCUGUAUUCAAGUCCAGAUAUACAUAUAAUGAAGUUCACGAAACAACCUGGUUGAUCUUGACACAAAAUUCCAAUCUUUUAGAAAAAGACAGUAAGUUAUGAAACGGUGACAGACUGUAUGGAAUAAUGGCAGAUAUAUUAGGGAUGAAAUUGGGUCAACUCAUCACUUUGGGGAUUUUGAGACUAACAUGGUAACUUCUACUGUUCUUGGAAUUUUUACUGCCAAUGGUACACAGGUUGUCCUCACUUUUUCAUCCCAUCCGAAGGACUAGACACGUUCUGCAAACACCAACCCUGUCAAGUGAGAAUUGGGCUUCUUGGUUUGAGAAAUCAUGAAGGAUCUUCUCAGUCUACACCAGGAUUCAGAAAUGACACAACUGCUUGGUGUCGAGUGAAGGGAGGCAUAAAAUUAUUUGGACUGUACCUAUAAACCAGCAAAAACUUGCAAGGGAAAAGGCGUAUGUU